CUUACGUUGAGGAUCCUCCCGGCUCUGGACGGGUCGUGGCAUUAGCAGGGAACCCCAUAUUGGCUCGAGCGAUCCCCGCUGGCAACUUCGUCAUAAUCUCAGCGUCAGGUACAACUGUUACGGUUCCAACUACCACCACCAUUACUGCUACUGUCCCUGCAGCUGCUCCCAAUGCUGCUCAAACGCCUCCGCCAGCUGCUCCUAAUGCUGCUCAAACGCCUCCGCCAGCUGCUCCUAGUGCUGCUCAGACUCCUCCGCCAGAUUGCAUGUUGUACUGCCCCUCGAUCUACCGCGACGGCUGCUAUGGUAAUCAGAAAGCGGUAUGCGCCACUGCUGUGCAGGCCGCUGCGAUCGAUGCAAGCACAGUGGGCAGAAUGU